AUGGAAACUGUGACUACCACUGGGGCAGAUGUGCUGUCCUAUCGUGUUUCCGAAAGGGGAAAUGUUGCCGAGUUUGUUUCUGAUUCCAGAAAGACCUCCUCCGGCUUGAAAACCGUUGACACUUUUGGAAAUGACUUCAAUGUGCCCGACUACACCAUCAAGGACAUUUUGUCUGCCAUUCCUAAAAAGUGCUACGAGCGUUCUUUGGUCAAAUCGCUCGGCUACGUGGCCCGUGACAUCACUAUGAUGGUUCUUAUUGGCUACGUGGGAAUGACAUAUAUUCCCAAAGUGGACAUUGUCGGCCACGAGACCGCUAGCACGGUAGCUCGUGCGUGUUUGUGGAUGGUCCAGUCUUACUUGAUUGGAUUGUUCGGCUUCGGCUUGUGGAUCUUGGCCCACGAGUGUGGCCACGGCGCCUUUUCUGACUACCAGAACGUCAACGACUUCAUUGGCUGGGUGUUGCAUUCGUACCUUGGAGUGCCAUACUUCUCGUGGAAGUUUUCCCACGCCAAGCACCACAAGGCCACGGGCCACAUCUCCAGAGACAUGGUUUUCAUUCCAUACACCAAGGAAGAAUUUCUCGAGUCGCGUGGUGUUACCAAGGUGUCGGAGCUUGUUGAAGACCUGCCAAUUUGGUCGCUCAUGGUUCUUGUCUUCCAGCAGUUGGGCGGCUUGCAGUUGUACUUGGCCACAAAUGCCACGGGCCAAACCAUCGAUCUUCCAUGGUACGCCAAGAGUCACUACGCUCCAUCUUCUCCUGUUUUCGAUGCUCACCAGUACUGGUACAUUGUUUUGUCGGACAUUGGAAUCUUGUCCACCAUUUUCGCCGUUUACCAGUGGUACAAGCACUUUGGCUUGUUCAACAUGAUGAUCAACUGGUUUGUUCCAUGGUUGUGGGUCAACCACUGGUUGGUGUUUGUGACUUUCUUGCAACACACAGACCCUUCGAUGCCUCAUUACACAGCCAAAGAAUGGACUUUUGCCAGAGGUGCUGCUGCUACCAUCGACCGUGAUUACGGUUUCAUUGGCCAGCACAUUUUCCACGACAUCAUCGAGACCCACGUUUUGCACCACUAUGUGUCGAGAAUUCCAUUCUACAACGCGAGAGAGGCCACUGCGGCCAUCAGAGAGGUGAUGGGCGAGCACUACCGCUAUGAUGGCGAGAACAUGUGGAAGUCUUUGUGGAAAGUGAUGCGUUCGUGCCAGUUCGUUUCCGACGAAGAGGGAAAUGGCGUCUUGAUGUUCCGUAACGCCAAUGGCGUGGGUGUGACUCCAAAGAACUAG